AUGACGGUGUUAGUGUCGUUAUUCUAUCUUCUAUUUUCGAUAUGUGUCGUCUAUCCACCCACCGAGUUCGUGUCGGCCGGCUUUACUAUAGCGCAGCUGUUCGAGGGAUUCCUUGGAUCUGAAAAUAUAAACUUCAUUGGGUAUCAUAUGAAACGGACGACAAUAACUGCUUUGAUUCAUUCUGCUUUGCCUUUGGGCUACGUUUUUACUCUGUUAUGUGCUGGGGAGCGCAAUCCUUGGUUGCCUGCGGCGGCAGCUGCGACAGCCAUUAUUCCUUUAUUGAUGUGCUAUAGACUGUUAUGUUGGUGGGAAAAUGGGCAGGCGAAGCACCCAGUCGUGAAGUCUCUUUUGGCGUAUGUGACUCCAGGCAGUGACUGGAGAGUAGUGGCAGCAAACCUCAAUAUUGAGUUCAGGAAUGUAGACAAAGUGUCAAUACAGCUGAAUACAACAAGUAGGUUUGUUGCCACUGAGAACUGGCUGAUCAAACUCAGCCCAUACAAACUCAAUGUUGUCAAGCAAGGAGACUGCACUCUUGUUGCUACUGCGACUGACAGCCACAACCUUACUGCAUCAGGUGAAGACGAAGUGCAAUAUGUGAACAUAGAAGCAAUACCAACCCGUGAUGAUUUGGAGCGGUUCACAUUCCGUAUAUCGACCGUAGCACUCCGGGACCUGCAGCCCAGGCUGUCGCAGCCAGUGCGAGUACCAGACCAUAUCUCGUUGCUACCCACACUCAUUGAACGAUUCGUCAAUGUAUUCAAACAUUAUGUGGAACAGAACCCUGUGUAUUAUAUUGAUCAAGAGCCCGAACUAUGCAUUGGGUGCAUGCAGUACCCUGCUGACGUGAAGCUGAACCGAAGAUGCGCUGCUCCACCCCCGCACCUCGAGGGAGGGCCACCACAGUGCCAACAGUGCAACUGCCGCGUGCUGUGGUGCUGUUCGUGCAUGGGCCGCUGGUGGGCGGCGCGGGCGACGGGCCCGCCGGCGGGGUGGCUGGCGGGGCGCGCGAGCUGCCCGGUGUGCCGCGCGCCGUUCUGCCUGCUGGACGUGUGCCCGGCGCGCGCCCCGGCGGCGUCCUGA